AUGGUCGUUAUCAUCGACACCGCCCUUAAAUUGUUGACCGACUCCCUUCUCAACUGCACCAAUGAACUCAAGACCCCGCCGGCGAAGGUGUUUCUCAGCCGUGAGUCAAGAUUUUUUAUUCUUUGACCUUCUAGAUGAGGAAUAUCUCCAAUGACAUGGGCAUUGUCCCCUUUUCUUGAUUUUUCUUAAAGAAUACUUACUGAGACUUGGCUGAAAGGGUUCUUUAGACAUCUCGAUGUCAUGCAACUCAAGUUGCCUUCCAAAUUUCAGUUAAAUUAUGAUGAUGACCAACUUGAUCACAUACAAUAUAAUUUUAAUUCCCAAAUUCCAGAUUUGAAUGCCGCCUUCGUUCUGGCCUUGAUCGUGGCCACUCUCCUCAAUCUCCUGACCAUCGGUCUGUUUGUGGUUCAGUUCAGAUACGUCGGUUCUUAUGUAACGAACCCUUAUCGUCGAGCUUUUGUCCUUUAUUUGGCGGGAACAGCUCCUUUUAUGUCUUCCUUCGCCCUGGUCUCCAUGUUCAUGCCCAGAGUUUGGUUCCUCGCACAUCUUCUCAGCUUUUUGUAAGUGUGAUGCUCCCUUGUAUUGAUUGUUUUAGUUACUUUUCGAUCGCUCUUUAUGUAAUCAUCUGCCUUCUUCUUCACAUCGCUGAUGGUCGACAGUCCAUGGUGAAGAAGAUGACCCAGAAUUCGGCUAGCUUUAUGGUGCAGACCCCUCCGUUUUGUUGUAUUUUCCCUUGUUUGCCUCAAUUACCGGUAGAAAUGUAAGUUUUUAAAUAACUUUUGAUUCGGCAUCAUGUAUAAUAUAAAAACUGAUUUAUUUCUUUAGGAAGAAAGUUCGGUUCUGUGAGAUUAUGGUCAUGCAGACGUCGAUCGUACGGUUAAUCUUUACAAUCAUCAGCCUCAUCUUGUAUUUCGAGUAUUUUGAAGACUCUUUCAUGUAAGUCUAUAUACCUGAAACUGAUAGUUAUCGAUCAUCUUCAGUGCCCUAAAAGUAUUGGAUUUCAUCUCGUUGCCCUCAUUAUUGCUAGGUAUUUACGGAUGUCAUAUUCUGGUGAACACCGUGUCCAAACUGGACGAGUUGUGUCCCUUCAGAUAUAUCGUCGUAUUUCGAUUAUUGGAUAUUUUCUUUAUGGUGUUCGGUCUACAACAACCGGUGUUCGACUUCCUGGCCAGAGCCGGAGUCUUUGGGUGCGGCGACGUUCUGCCUCCUCUCGAAACUGCCUUCUGUAUGUUGUUUUAUCAAUCAGUUUGCUCCGAUUAUAUUACGCUUGAUUGUAAAUGAAAAUAUGUUUAGUUUGGAAAAAUAUGGCGACAGUAGUGGAGUCGCUGGUGGUGUCGAUAAUCUCCUCCUUGCUUCUGAAACCCUCCAGAAGCGCCCUCUUCGACAAGUAUCCCAGCUGUCGGUCAGUUAUGUCCAUGUCGACGAUAGAGACAAACGCCGAUAACUAA